AACCAACCAUUUACAAAGCAAAAAAUGGCAAAGAGUUGCUGGACUCUGUCUAUCAGUAUCUCCUCUCCUCUCAUGUCUUUUGAAUUUAGCAGCAGCAACAUUGCCUUUGUCUUCUAAUCACACACAACAGAAAUGGCCUCAGCUACCAAAGAAAAUAAGAAGAACAGUUCUGCCAAAAGAGUAGCUGUUAUUGGCGCUGGUGUUAGUGGGCUUGCUGCAGCAUACAAAUUGAAAUCACAUGGUUUGAACGUCGCAGUAUUUGAAGCUGAAGGAAGAGCUGGAGGAAAGUUAAGAAGUGUUUCACAUGAUGGUCUAAUUUGGGAUGAGGGAGCGAAUACAAUGACUGAGAGUGAACCGGAGGUCAGAAGUUUUCUUGAUGACCUUGGACUUAGAGAAAAGCAACAAUUUCCAAUUUCACAGAACAAGCGGUAUAUUGUAAGAAAUGGGAUGCCAGUACUGAUACCCGCAAAUCCCAUUGCACUGAUCAAGAGCAACUUUCUUUCUGCCAAAUCAAAGUUUCAAAUCAUUCUUGAGCCAUUUUUGUGGAAGAAAAUUAACUCCUCAAAAGUUUCUGAUGACUAUACACAGGAAAGUGUGGGUGGGUUCUUUGAGCGUCAUUUUGGGAAAGAGGUUGUUGAUUAUCUCAUUGACCCUUUUGUUGCGGGCACAAGUGCUGGAGAUCCCGAAUCUCUUUCUAUCCGGCAUUCUUUCCCAGAUCUGUGGAAUCUAGAACAAAGGUUUGGCUCCAUUAUAGCUGGGCUGCUUCAAUCUAAGAUAUCUGCCAAAAGGGUAAAAAGUGGUGAAACAAAGGGUACUUUAGAAAAAAAGAAACCUCAGCGUGGUUCAUUUUCCUUUCAUGGUGGAAUGCAGACACUAACUGAUAUGUUGUGUAAAGAGCUUGGCAAAGAUGAUGUGAAACUGAACUCAAAGGUCUUGUCACUAUCUUACAGCUGUGAUGGGAAGUCUGCAUUAGAAAAUUGGUCAGUUUAUUAUGCUUCUGACCAUGACAAGCAUUUACAACGUUUAUCUGUUGAUGCUGUAAUCAUGACGGCUCCAUUAAGUAAUGUCAAAGAAAUGAAGAUCACCAAAAGAGGAACGCUCUUUCCACUUGACAUUCUUCCUGAGGUGACUUACAUGCCAGUAUCUGUUUUAAUCACAACCUUUAAGAAGGAGAAUGUCAAGAGACCACUUGAGGGAUUUGGAGUUCUUGUUCCUUCUAAGGAGCAACAAAAUGGUCUAAAAACCCUUGGAACACUCUUUUCUUCAAUGAUGUUUCCAGAUCGUGCACCUAAUGACCUAUAUCUUUAUACAACCUUUGUUGGGGGAAGUCGAAACAGUGAUCUAGCUAAAGCUUCUACGGAUGAGUUGAAGAAGAUUGUUUCUUCUGACAUCAAGCAAUUGUUGGGAGCAGAGGGAGAGCCCACAUUUGUAAAUCAUUUCUACUGGAGUAAAGCAUUUCCCUUGUAUGGUCGUAACUAUGGUUCAGUUCUAGAAGCAAUUGAAACGAUAGAGAAAAAUCUUCCUGGAUUCUUCUAUGCAGGUAACCAUAAGGGUGGACUGGCUGUUGGCAAAGCAAUAGCCUCUGGGUGCAAAGCAGCUGAUCUUGUGAUCUCCUAUUUGGAGUCUUCUUCCGAUGACAAAUUGCUCAAGGAAGGACCAACAUUAUAGAAAUAGGAAGGGUAUCCUUGGUACCUAAAAUGUUUUCUAAUCUUUCUUCUUUGAAGAAUAUAAGGAUGUGUUAUCUCUUGCAGAAUGUAUACCAUUCCCCUCUUUUGAAGGGUAAGCAAUGAACAUGAUCUCUUUGUGCA